AUGGGAAAGCGAAAAGAACUGAAAGAUAAUGACGUCGAGAUGGGCGGUACCGGGCGCCCGGUGGAGGACGAUGAGUCCGACGAGGAAAUGGAUAUGGUGAAUGUAGAUUUCGAAUGGUUUGAUCCACAGCCCGCGGUGGAUUUCCACGGACUCAAGAAUCUCCUCCGACAAUUGUUCGAUGCGGAUUCUCAGAUCUUCGACCUGUCCGCGUUAACGGAUCUGAUACUAGCACAGCCCUUGCUCGGAUCGACAGUGAAGGUGGACGGCAAUGAAUCCGAUCCAUAUGCCUUCUUGACCGUAUUGAACCUGCAAGAGCACAAGGAUAAACCCGUGAUCAAGGAUUUGACAUCUUACCUACAACGCAAAGCCUCGUCCAAUCCUUCCCUCGCACCUCUUUCGGAGCUCCUUUCUCAAUCACCCAUCCCUCCAAUUGGACUGAUUCUCACCGAGCGCUUGAUCAACAUGCCUGCCGAAGUCGUUCCUCCAAUGUAUAGCAUGCUUCUGGAGGAGAUCGCGUGGGCCAUUGAAGACAAGGAGCCCUACAAUUUCUCCCACUAUCUGAUUGUCUCCAAGACAUACGAGGAGGUCGAAUCCAAACUGGACAUGGAAGAGUCGCGGCCGCAGAAGAAGAAGAAGAAGUCUGGCAGCAAUGUCGAGCGAUUCUUCUUUCACCCCGAGGAUGAGGUGCUUGAGCGACAUGCGAUCUGCUCUGGCUCGAUCGAGUAUACACAUAAGCACGACGACAGCCUUUCAGACUCAAAGCGGGCUUUCCAGGAUCUCGGCAUCAAGACAUCGGGAAGUCUGAUAUUGAUCGACGGCCCGAAACUGGAAGCUGCAGUCAAAGAUGUGACGGAUUAUUUGAAACCUCCUGUAUAG